AUGCCCUCGAUGCACCCGCCUCGCCCGACGGCUCACGCCCUUGAGUCCGCCUCCUCGAGCCGUGCCCAGCGGACCGCCUCGGACUGCGCCACCAACCAAGCCGCACACGCAUCGUCCGCUCCAGCAAUCCCGGCGUCCUCAUCGUCAGCCGCUGCUGCCAUGGCCACCCAGCGGUCCGAGACCGGCCCCGCCACAGAAUCUGCCCAGUCGGUGGCAGCAGGGCCCGAAUCCGGUCAACUCGGAGCCCAGUCCGCUACCCAGGCUGCCAGUGGGUCUCUUCCGCGAUCAGACACGAAGAGCGCGUCCAGCCCCAGGAUCAGAUCCGCCGACAUGCAGAGCCAGCAGGCAACCGCCGAAGACGUCGACGACGAGGCCUGCUUCGUCGAUCCCGACAGGCCAAAAGUUGACUUCCUCGCACUCCUGCCGUUUGAGCUGGCCCUCUACGUCCUAUACCACCUGCCCUCCCACCGAGACCUAAUACGCGCCUCGGCCGUCUGCCGCACGUGGCGAACGGUCGCCACCGACAAUGUCGUCUGGCGCGAACGCUUCUUCCGCAACCCUGGCUGGGCCAUCCGCAGCGAUGCCGAGCUCGUCUUGCGGCGCCAACACGAAAAGCACAAGAAGGCUGCAGCACUGUCCGCCAAGCGGCGCCAGGACAAGCUGAGGGAAGUCGAGCAACGUCGUCAAGCCAGCACGAGCCGGCUCUCGUCUCUCCGGUCAUGGCGCGAAUCGCUCCACAUCCCCUCCCUGCCGGAUCUGUCGUCGCUCAGCCUGACGGCUUCGGCAUCGCUCAGCAUCGGAGGGUCCAGCUCCCUCAGCUACUCGGCCAAGACCGCAGCAAGGGACGCCCCUGAGGGCACAUCGGCUCCUCCUCUUGCUUCUCCCUCGCGUGAAGCGUCCAGCAGCCGCUUCGGCUUCCUUCCCAGCCCUGCCCGCGGUCCGCUGACUCCUGCUGGACGUCGUCGAGCGCAACGCUCCGCCCCCAGCGACGGCGCUGUCGUCGCUGAUGCCAAUGCAGUGUCUCUGGUCAACCGCGCGGGCGCGGACGACGAUGCCGCCGCAGCCUCGAGAACAACGUCAGACGACGUCGUCCGAGACGAAGACCUGCUGUCGUCGCUGGACUGGCGCAUACUGUUCCGCGACCGCCACAUCCUCGACCAGCGGUGGCGCCGGUGCCGCGAGCCAGGGGCUUCCAAGGCCACGGGCGGACGCAGCCGCCUGUCGUCCUCGCCGCGCGCCUUCGAGCCCUCGAGGCGGAUCCUGCUGGGCCACAAGGACGGCGUCUACUGCGUGCGCCACGACACGGGCAUCGGCUCGGGCACCGAGGGUCGCAUCGUGUCCGGCUCGCGGGACCGCACCAUCCGCGUGUGGGACACGGAGACGGCCAAGUGCCGCCACAUCAUCAAGGGCCACGCCGCCAGCGUGCUGUCGCUCCACUACGACGAGCGGAUCCUGGUCACCGGCAGCUCGGACGGCUCGGUGUUUGUGUGGGACUUUGCGGGCAUCCUGGCGACGACGACAACGACGCGGCAGCACGGCGACGAAGACGCCUCGUUCGAUGGCAAGAAGGCGGCAAUCGUCGGGCCGUCGGCGCCCGCGGACCCGCAGCGCGGCGACGGCAGCAGCAGCAGCACCUCGACCGCGGAAGAAGGUGACGAUGACGACGGCGAUGACGACAACAACGACGACGGCGGCGGUGACGAUGAUGGCGCUGGCGGCCACGGCAGCACCAAGCCGUUGCGCCACGGCACGGAGAGGGUGGUGGCCAGGCUUCGCGGCCACACCAUGGGCGUGCUCGACGUCACCUUUGACGACGAGUGGAUCGUCUCGUGCAGCAAGGACUCGACGGUGCGGGUGUGGAAGCGCGGGGAAGGCUACGACUUCCACCGGCGCUACGCGGGCCACUCUGGACCGGUCAACGCGGCGCGGAUCCAGGACAAGCGGGUGGUGAGCGCUGCGGGCGACGGGAGCGUGCACCUGUGGGCGGUGGCUUCGUGCGAGACGCUGCGCGUCUUUUCGGGCCACGAGCGCGGGCUGGCGUGCGUGGCGUUUAGCGGCAACACGGUCAUCAGCGGCAGCAACGACCAGACGAUCCGGGCGUGGGACGCCGAGCGCGGAACGUGCGUGGGCAUCUACGAGGGGCACGAGCACCUCGUCCGCGCCGUUGCUUACGACGGACCGCGCCGGCUCAUCGUCAGCGGCGGCUACGACAAGCGCAUCAAGGUGUGGGACGCCGAUGUCCCCGACAAGCCGCUGCGCGAGAUCCGCCCGCACGUGGCGCGCAUCUUUGACGUCGAGUUCGACUGUACGCGCAUCGUCUCGGCCAGCGAGGACCAGUCGAUCUGCAUCACCUCAUUUGGCGGAGCCGGCAUCGAUACCAGCCUGUUUGCCUAG